UGUUUAUGAUGAGAAACACCGAAGCGUGUAUAAUCAUUGCAUACAUAUAAUUAACCAAUAGAAGUUUUUAAAGAAACAAUUACAAUACUACAGAAUUUUUAGGAAACAAUUACAAUACUACAGAAUUGCUAAGAAUUAUAAUUGUUUUGUCAUAUAUCUGACUAGACUUCACUGAUUCUACGUAAAAUUGUUCAAUUAGUGAUGUAAUUCAGAUUCUCCUGUUUACAUGUGACAUGAGAAGAAAACCUUGACAGAAUCUAAAGCCGGUUCCAACUGAGAUGACUAUUUAAUUGCACAUCAUAGUUACUGCAUGCAAAACAAAAAAAAAGCAUUUGAAAUGCAAAUGCAUUGCGCACGUUCUCACGUGUACGUACUUAUCAGUCUAAUUGAUACUAAGAAAAUAUGAUCAAUAAGUAUGAAUAAAACUGGUUCAGUCACAUUGAUCAAUUGUCAAACGUGUGGUCCACCCAGAACAACUUAUGCUUAUGAAUCACGGAAGUUGGCAAGGAUUAAGCAGACAACACUGCACGAUUGGUUGCACAAUAAGUGGAAUCAUCGCUGAGGACACGCAGAAAUCCGGACUUUACGUGCUCUCGUGUGUGAGGCAAGUAUGCAAGCUCUUCCAUAUAUAAAUACUCGUGUGCCAGUAGGAAAAUCUCAGUCGAGCGAUACGUAUCCGUGGCUCGUCGUACACCUAUUGAAAUAUUCCCGUUCAAAAAGUCAGAAAUUCGCCGGUCUCGCCGCGUGAUUUCAGCGGUAUAUUCUCUAUAGAUAGAGAACAGCAAGAGGAAGAAGAAAGGAAACACUUACACUUCAGCUUAUAAUUCAGCUUGGAGGAAAUCGGUUCCAUAUGUUUAAUUCCGACACAACCCUCGAAAAAAACGACGAAGAUCGAAUAGAAAUAUGAGAGAAGAAUCUAGCUUCGAAAGCAUUUCUAGUUUAAGAAAAAUCAAUCAUAGCAGUAACAGUUUUCUUACUUAUUUGUCCUAUAAAUAUCUUCGAUUUUUAAUCGGUUAAUCUGGUGAUCUUACAGCACUUUCUGAUUCACAAGAAGUUGAUAAAAUCAAAUUUCUAUCGACUCGCUGAUCAGUAGCGAUCAAUUUUUUGCGUGUGGCAAAAUUGAUCUGUUUGGUGUACACCAGUGAAUUAGUGUGGCCGAUUGUGAAAGACAGUGAAAAUAACGAUGAAAAGUGGAUUGAUGAAGAAAUCAUUUUUGGGAUUUUUAAUCCUGAUUUUGACAACAAUGGAUCAGACGAUGAUGGCGAGUCAUCACAGUAGACAUCAUAGGGUAUCGAGAAGAACUCAUCUGUCGAACGCGAUGCAGGCCAGUAGACAGUUCCCUUGCAGCGAGCCGCAAACACGUGCUUACCACUUGAGGGAUCUCGUGCAGAAUCUGCGUCCCAGCGAGAGCGCUAAUCAACCAGCAUACAUCGUGCUCAAGAGGUGCGACAGCCAUUCUGGCUGCUGCCACAGUCCUGAUCUCAGUUGCACACCAGUGCAGUCGGAAAUCCAUUACGAAGAGAUCCAGAUCGAAGUUUGGAGCCUGCAGACAAACAGCAAACGGAAGAUGUGGAUUCAAGUCGAGCAGCAUGGCAACUGCACUUGUGAAAUUAGUAAUUCCACUCAAAGACUCGAAAUGGACAGUCAGCAACCUAAUAUACAAAUUCCGUCGUCGUGAUCUAGCGAAGUGCAAUUAACUGAUUACUUUGGAUUUCGUUGACAAACAAUAACGGUACAAAAGAGAAUAGUACAGUAACUAAAAUUAACUGACUGAGAGAAGAAAGAGAGAAA